AUCAAUAACAGUUGUCACCAACCGCACGACAUAAUCAUCAUGCCUGAUGGUGCUUUACUUGGUGCACUCGGUCGAAAUCCUUGCGAUGCAGGCAAUUCCCUUUGACAAGCGAGUGUCGUACGUGAACACAAACCACUGUCGACGUCACCUCUUCCCAUGACCCGACCCAAGUCUGUCCUUGCUCAAGUCAAGUUACUUCUAGCUUCUCCUACGACUAACUGUCCGCCGGAAUCGAUGUGUUUCAAAAGACGCAAACCCCGAGUCCACUGUGCGAAUGCGGCCUGCCGUCCAAACUUCACCUUCCCACCUGCAGGGGUACCCAUGUUUGCGUGGUGAUACACCCAAAGGGAUCACUGCCACACCGCACCUGACGAAAACAACACUGAUCCCGUUCUCUACCAAACCAUCGCAUUCCCGUCUUGUUCCUGCGCCAACUUACGUUCUGCGCCAGUGACCACAAGAUGCGGUCGAUAUUCAUACGCUCGGGAUUCCGGGUCGCCAUCAUCAUCAUUCCCAUCCUCCUCGUCCUCCACUACUUCAUCACCCACCUCCUCGCCUUCAUCCACAUCUUCUACCAACACCCGGGCAUCGCCAUCACCCAGCGCGAGGUCGCCAAUGCCUACCUGAACGGCACCCUCCGAGAAACGCGAAAGGAGCAGAUACCCAAGAUCAUCCACCAGAUCUUCCACAACUGGAAGGAUCCCGCAAACGAAACGCUACCGAGUGACUGGGAAGAACAGAGGCGGAGUUGUGUAGAUAAUAACCCCGAUUGGGAAUAUCGCCUCUGGACACCCAAAACCUCCCUCCUCUUCCUCUCCACCCACUACCCGACCUUCCUCCCUUCCUACCUCUCCUACCCGCACCCCGUCCAGCGCGUCGACGCCCUCCGCUAUUUCUUGCUGUACCACUACGGCGGCAUCUACCUCGACCUUGACAACGGGUGUUUGCCGUCUAUUAUAUCCCCUCCUACUACCGGCGGCGGCAACGGGUCAUCAUCAUUGGACGCGUUGACGUACUUCCCGCUUUGGAUCACGGAUGGCGGGAGGGGAGCGUUGAGUAAUAAUAUACUGGCUGCCAGACCCGGACAUCCGUUUUGGGGACGGGUGGUGGCGGAGUUGGUGGAGGGGAGGGGGGCGGUGCCGGUUGGGUUGACGGAAAGGGUGGUGGGGUUUUGGAAGAGGUGGUGGUGUUUGUGGGGGUUGUUGAGGUAUGUGGAGAUUAGUUGGGGGGUUGGGCAGUGGUUUAUUGGUGGGGUUUGGGAUGAGUAUCACCGGAUGCUACAACUUGGGAAGGUCGUGAGCCGGGGGGAAAUCUUAGAGGGGGUGGAUGAAGAGGCGAGUGGGAGGUUGUAUAGGCUGAUGAUGGAUAAUCGGCCGGGGAUGGAUGAGUGGGUGUUCUUUACGCAGGGAAGGGGAGGGACGUGGAAUGGGUGGGAUAAUCGGUUGUUUUUGGAGAUUGGUGAUCAUUUGUGGAUGUUUGUUAUGGUGCUGGGGGCGUUGGUGGGAUUGUUAGGUUGGUUGGCGAGGAGGUAUUGGGUCCAAAGAGGAGGGAAAGGGUACCGGAAGGUGAAGAGUGAGGAUAUGGAAGAUAGGAGCGAGUGAGGCUUGGCAGAUACCCGGGGUUUCGGUGUGUGCAAGCCUGGUGUCAGCCUUGUUGUUCCGCCUUAUUAGCAGGAGAGGUGGACGACACCGUGUUUGAACGAUCAUUUUAGCUUUGCGGCGAAAACAGACAUUGGUUAUAUCUGGGAUUUUGGAUCAUGGUUUUCGUUUUCGGAUAGAAAUCACAUAGACAGGAAGCAUCUACAGGAGUCAAUGAACAUCGUUGUGGAAAGCCUUCGG